UUGGGCGCACGUUUCUUUCGGGAGACCUUGAGAGUUAACACACAUAAGAGGUUGUGAAAUGCUGGAAAGUGAAAGUAGAUAAAAACCAUUAAAUAUAAGCGAGGAAAACCACAAAAAGGAGAAUCAUGUUGUACUUAGAAGAUUAUUUAGAGAUGAUAGAGAACUUGCCAAUGGAGAUGAGGGAACGACUGACAGAAAUGAGAGAAAUGGAUUUACAGGUUCAAAAUGCAUUAGACAAUCUGGAUGAGAGAGUAAAGAACUUUUUUAAGAAGUGCACACAGCCAAAUAUGAAGAUGGAAUGGAAGGAUGAACAGUUUAAACUGAUAAAACAGGAGUAUUACAAAACCUUAGAAGACGCUGAUGAGAAAGUACAACUUGCUAACCAUAUAUAUGACUUGGUUGACAGACAUUUACGGAAACUUGAUCAGGAGUUAUCCAAAUUCAAAAUGGAGCUGGAAGCUGAUAAUGCAGGCAUUACAGAGGUGUUAGAAAAACGGUCUCUUGAGUUAGAUAAACCACCUUCACUUGGCAGCAACAGAGGUGAAAAGCGAAAAUUACUGCAUUCACAGUCACAAGUUACCAACCACACAGAGAAGCGAAUGGCCACAGAGAAAGUCCUGUCCACCAUUGCUAAUGAGGCUGCCAGAGAGACCAUCAAUCAAACUCGCCGACAGUCCAGUUCAGGGUCCAAUUCCCCGGCCUUGUCCAUGUUUAAUUCUACAUCUACACAGUCCAUUAGUUACAGUUUAGGUCACAUGGGAGCAGGAAGCAACGCAGCAAUCGCAGCUGCAGCGUCCCAAGCUAUAGCAGCAACACAACAAGUGGUAAGAAUGCAACAGCCUAAACAGAUUCAGAUGGGCCAACAGGGAAGACGUACGCCAAGUAUGAAGGCCAGUUAUGUAGCCAUGGCCAAAGAUCUGACUAAAGAGCUGCCCAGCAUAGCAAAGGAGUACACCUAUAGCUCCCAGCCUUCUACCCCCACCUCGGUGUCAGAAAUAACACCAAAAGUUCCUCGCUCCAAAAAAGCAACCUCCAAAGCCAACACUUUGAUCCGAGAAGCACAGAACCAGCUUGCCGCCUCAUCCAUUCCAUCCCUCACUCUCACUCAGCCCACUACGCCACAGACUCCACUGCCUGCCCAAGUGGCAUCUCCCAUGGUGGAAGACGCUACCAAUGACCUUCAGAUUGUAGACGAGAACGGUCAACCGGUAGACUGGCAGAAUGACCCCAAUGAACCCCGAUACUGCCUGUGUAAUCAGGUGUCUUAUGGCGACAUGGUCGGAUGUGACAAUGACGAUUGUCCAAUUGAGUGGUUUCACUAUGGUUGUGUUGGCCUGACACAGGCUCCGAAAGGAAAAUGGUUUUGUCCGCAGUGUACUGCUGCCAUUAAACGUCGAGGUCGAAGGAACUGAUAUCUGUGCAAUAUACUGCAAGGAAAGCGGCAUUUGUGUGUCAGGUGGUAAUGUGCACAAGUAUGUACAUUACAGUAUGCGUGUAUAUAGAAUGAAAAAUAUAUCCCAUCAAAGUUUCAUCACAUGACAUUGUACCAAUAUCGAGGAAUGUGUCCUUGUGCAUUUCACAUACAAAUCAAACACUCUACUGUAACUCACUAGGAGUUUUGCAAAAUACAAGUUUUAGAAAAUGAAAUGAAAUCAUCAGGUAUUAAUUGAUACUGAUCUGCAGUCUUAAUGAGAUGUUUAAUUAAUUAUCAAUAUUUCUGUAAGUCGUGAAACACAUUAUACAGUGAACAACUUGCCAUCAGAAUGUACGUGUCUACUGUACUUAAAGGUGUUUUUUUUACUAUCCAUCAUCGACAAAAAUGUUUUGUUGUAUUUUUGUAAAACAUGUCUAUAUGUUUGCCAGGAUUUUUUUGAUUUUUUUGGAUGAAAUUAGUGUGAAAUUGAUUUGAAAGUGAGUCGAACUGUUAGCAUGGCUUGGUGCUUAAGUUAUUUUUGCGGUAGUCAUGGUGACUACUGCUACAAUGCGGACUCUGGUGACCAUAAACUUAGAAUAAACUUAAAAUCAAAUUCUGGAAUAGAUCUUAUCCAUAAGAUAUUGAUAUUCACAAGUCAAUGAAAUUAUGUUGAGAGUAGAAUUUAGAUACCAUUCAAAAUAUCAACAAAAGAUUUGUGUGAUUUUAGCGAAUCAGAGUUAUAUACUGUAUCUUAAGUUUUGACUUAAGUCUCUCAGUUUAUGGUCAUGGGGCCAGAUUACUUAAUACUGUUCAACAAAAGUGACCAAACAAAAUGCUGUUGUAGAAAGUUAUGUUUACUGAUUAUCAUUUAUUUUCUCAGGGAGAUUUUCACUGACUGUGAGAGUAUCCUAUCUGAUGUACUUGAUUAAUAGGAUUCUAGAAACUUUAAUGAUUAUGAAAAAAGUUCCGAAAAUGAAUCAAUUUCUCUAGCGAUUCAUGCAGACUGAGCACACUGUGUGAUGGGAGCUAGUGACUGGUUGAAUCUGCUUUUGAUGGUUUUUGCUUGAUUUGAUCAUCUGUGCAAUUUCCCCAUUAUCUUCACCUACAUGUAUUUCAUCUGUGUAAAUGAAGUUUAUAUGUGCCUUUCAGGCUUAAACUUUCAUGUUUGCUGUACCUAUUUUUAGUGUUUUGUGUUAUAGUAGAUAGAUUUGAGAAGCUGGAAAGAUUGAAAUUUCUCUAUGGAUAAUAAUGAUAUUCAGCGCUUUUUGUGAAGUAAUCAGUUUAAUUUUUGUACAUUUGUUAUAAUAAAAGCCUUAAAACUUGU